GCGGCUACCGGCAGUCGUGUGUUCGCGAGUGCGUCGUAAGAGUUUCCGUUGCGUUGUUGAUUCUGCGACUCGAAACAGUGCAUUCAAACCAACGUGCUUAUGCUCGUCGUCGAUAACACACAUCCUUGUAUACAUUCGUUUACAUAAACAGAAGAGGCAGCUCUCUCGAUUCAAUGGCAAGCGAUUGAGAGCGCGCCUGCGAAGAAAUCGAAAUGGUGGAGCUGAGCGCCGGCAGCAGCGGCCAAAACAGUCAACAGCAGCACCAGUCGCAGCACCAGCCAGCGGUCAAUCCGUUGAGCAUGAUGACGGGCGCGACGUCGUCGUCCUCGACGUCCUCGGCGGCAACAGGCAGCUCCACGUCGUCGGUUUCGAGUAGAACUGGUCUCCUGGAAACGCAGGUCCGCGGGCAGUGGUACCGCGUGCUCGUCUCCUUGGAAGACGACUAUUUGAGCAUUUCGCUCGACGAGAGUUGCGAGGCGGCUGGCAAUGGCCUCAAUGGCAACGUCAACAACAACAAUAUAGACAGUCUGGGCGAUCCCGACGUGCCGGACUCGGUGGCUAAUCAGAAGAGGACCGUGCGAGUUGUCAAGAGCGACAAUAAUGGAUUGGGCAUCUCUAUCAAAGGCGGCAAAGAGAACAAGAUGCCCAUUUUGAUAUCGAAAAUCUUCAAAGGAAUGGCUGCCGAUGCUACGGAGCAAUUAUACGUUGGAGACGCUAUUCUCGCCGUUAACGGUGAAGAUUUGAGGGAAGCGACGCACGAUGAAGCGGUUAAGGCGCUCAAGAGGGCUGGCAAAGUCGUCGAACUUGAAGUGAAGUACUUGAGGGAGGUGACGCCUUACUUCCGCAAGGCUUCGAUUAUCCAGGAGGUCGGUUGGGAGCUGCAGCGCGGCUUCCUGAGCGCGACGCCUCCGCCACCCAAGUCGCCGCCUCGGGCGGACACGCGCUAUCUACCGCUGCAGCUGUGUCGGCUCACCAGGGCACAUGCCUCCUCCGAUCCCGAGGGUCGCAUACUGGAGCUACACUCGCCGGACGGCGUGCACGAGUGCUGGCUGAGGGCGAUGGACGCAGCGGAGGCCAAGGCCUGGUUCAAUGCACUGCACUCGGCACUGGCGGCACUCACCCUCAAGGCGCUCAGGCUCGCCUCGGCACUGUCAGACCCGUCACAUCUGCAACACAUCGGUUGGCUCGCCAGGAAACACUGUUCACAGAACGGGCGAGCAAGCAGCGAGAGCAGCGAGGACGGCGCGGGCAGCAGCGCAAGCACGUCUCAAGGCUACGGAUGCGCCGGCGGUUGGCGAAGCGUCUUUGGCGUCAUUUCCGGCCGGGAACUGAGGCUCUACGAGUGCGCGCCGUGGAGCCCCGAGGCCUGGGCUUCGCCGAGCAUCACCUGCCCGCUCAUCGCUACGAGGCUAGUGUCGGUACCGGCCAAGCAGAGCGAGGCAGCGUCAUCUGGCAACGGCGCGGCAAGUUACGCAUCAACGUUUGCCGUGAGAGUCGGCACACCCGAGGGCGUCGUCACGCAUAGCUUUCAAACGGAGACGAGGCGAGAUCUGGCUGCCUGGGCAAGGGCUAUCGUGCAAGGAUGCCACGCAGCUGCGCACUCGCUCAGGGAGUACACCGUUCGCUGCUUGUGGCAAGGCAAGCCCUGCCAGUUGGUAGUGCACCACGAGGAAGGCUUUGCGCUGUACGCCGCCGGCGCGAGGGCAGUCGCGGGCAGCGGGCUCAGUCCGGGCUCGCUACCAGCGCCGCUCUGGCAUAGGCCUUUCGACAAGCUACGGAUGUCGGCUGACGACGGUGCCAGGUUGCUGUGGCUCGACUUCGUUGGCGAUGACACGGAGAUCGAGUUGGACUUGGAAAGCUGCCCGAAGCCAAUAGUAUUCGUGCUUCACAACUUUUUGUCGGCCAAGAUCCAUCGGCUCGGUCUGAGUACAUAGGGCUACGAGGGGGCCCCACAGGAGGUCCCCGAUUUGCCACCUCACACCACGCGCUCCGUCACCAGUGUCUUUCUGCACUGACCGAUGACUCGAGCGAGAGAUGUCUAUACGACAUUGUGUACAAAAUAACGCUGAACCCCUUUUUUCAACAGCAAGUGCAAAUGAUUAAGAAUCAAGAAGAGGAUCAGGGAGAGAAUGAGGGAGAAAAACGAAAAAAAAAAAAAAAAAACGAAUAAUUUUAUUUUUUUAUUAAUUUAUGCAUACGUUAGUUUUAUCAAAUAGGAUUCAAAUGCUCAUUCCAUUAGUACUAUCGUCAUUGUUAUCACGAUACUCUUAGCAAAUCACUGAAUUCAGUUUUGAUCUUAGUUAUAAGUUUGUAUAUCAAAUUGGCAUGGUGCAGAAUUGUAUAGACUCGAAGCAGCUGUUGAAGAGCCGAGGACUGUACGACAAUAGCACCAAAAGCAAGCAAAAAUGCAAUACGUGUAAAAAAAUAACGGCAACUUUUGUAUAUUCGCCAUACAGUUUCUAAUACGAAUAAUAGCAACACUUAUAACUCAGAUAGCUAAUAAGAGUUGUCGGGGCGAACCUAAUUCUGAAACGAGUAUCCUCGUCUCGUAGAUCGUACGGCAGAGUAAAUCGUAUUUGGAGCAGCAACAAGUGUCUUCGGUUCGAUUAGCCAUCGCUUAUUUUAAUAACAUCGCGUGCGAGAGAGAAAACUUUUGGGUACAAAGUUUUUCAAUAGUUGCGCGCGGAGGACGAACAAAAACAGUAAGAGGGAGAAAAAAGUAUUACGCUCAGGGGGUUAAUUGCUGCAAUAUUUGUAAGUGCUGCAAAAGUUCGGAUGUUGGAAAGGCUGCUUUUCAUAAUUAACGGGCGCUUUCUACUUUGGAGGAUUGCAAAAAGUUUUGCAAACAAGAAAAGCAGGAAAACCCAAGCAUUGUUCUACUUUCUCAAUUGACACAUUUCUUUGAUUAAACUUUAUUAAUUUCAUAGAACGAUGCAAAAGCUCAAUUUUUUUGUUCUCUGGCUCAUUUGUUUUUCCUUCUCGGUCGUAUACUCGAUUAGUUUUGAUUCAAUUCAAUUCGAAACUUGUCUCUCGUGCAACUCUUUUCAGGAGAACAUUAAUUCACUUUUGAGGCAUUGCACGGGAACGUUCAAGUGAUUGCGUUCCGGUGUUUAAAUAUCUGACCAGCAGUGAAGUAGAAAAAAUCUUAUUGAAAAAUCGAUAGUUGGCUAAAUUUGCCGAAUGACGAUAGUAAAGUAGUGCGGCCGUAACUGUCGGCGUAAAAGGCGAACAGAGGUGCGAAAUAAAAUCGAUGGCGCGACGAACAAAAGAAGGAAAAGAGUCCUUGCGGCGCAAAGACAACUCGCAAAAAUUGCUGAAAAGACGCGCGACACGUAAAAAAGAGAAAGACACCGCGCGACAAUAUUACGUGUCAUAGUGGCCUCGUAAAGCGUUGUUCGCAAUUAAAAAUUUACGGCCUCCGCUCACUCCAAACAAAUUCAUAUCUCCCUGCGCUCUCGCAAUAAUUAACGAGGAGCUGUCUUACUAAGUGGGCAUACCAACGCAAGAAAACAGAAAGAAUGUAUAGGUGCAUGAAUAUGAAGUUUCAGCCAAACGAUUUUUAUCGGUCGAGAGAUUAACAAUAAUAAUUAUGCGACAAGUCCACGACUAUAUUCCACUUUGUUUACGACUUAGCUGUUGUAAGAUGUUUCGCUCUGAGCUCGUGUACAUAAACGUUUGCAACUGAAAGGAUACAAGUUGCUUCUGAAGGUUUCUAGAAAUAUCGGUCGACUGUGUAAAUUACGAGCUUCUCAAUUUCACAUAGACAUUUUCAUUCUUAUAUCCAAUCAACUUUGCAUAUCCGAGGACAAACAGGAGGACAACACGCAGGUACUAUUCACUACUAGAUAGUAUUAAUGUAAAUAGCGACAUUUCGACAACAAAUAAAUGAAUAAUAAAUAAAUAAGUAAAUAAAUAAAUUAUGAAAAUGACACACAUCUCGUAACAAGUAAGAAAGUAAACUCUAGUAGGUACAUUAAGAUAAACCAAUUUUUCAAGUGUUAUCGAGGAACGUAUCAAAAUUAAAUGAUAAAACAAUACGAAACAUACGUUGAUAAAAGUUUUUUAUGUACUUUACGAAUGUUUGUUGUUGAUGUUUAAACCACGAUUCAUUUUAUUAAUCAAAAAGGAAGGACAAGAAGAGGACGUCAAGUAGUAGAACAGGAAAACACCUGUUAUUGAUUGUCAACACGAAUUUAUUUCUAGGUCAUUUAUUUCUGGCGAUACUUCCAACCUUUUUAUAAGAUGUAACAUACAAUAAAUAUCUAAACUACUCCGCCCUCCUACGAAGAAGAAAGAAAAAGAACGAAAUAUCAUCGAGAAAUUCUCAUAACCCAUAUCAACUCAUAUCAUCAUCGUCGUGAUCGUAAUCGAGAGCGACACGCGCAUGUCCAGUAAAAAAACUACAAGUAAAAGUGUCUCGCUGUUUCGUAAAUAUGAAGCGAGGCUAAACGAAGUAUGAGUGCGAAUCAUUGUAUUUUUCUAAUGAUUUUGGCCUUUUGCGAGAUAAGAGACAAAAGAAAAUCAUACACGACGUUCAAACGAUUAUACAUAUUAUAAAUAAGUAGCAGAAAAUUAAAUAACGAGAAUGAGAAAGAAGACAUAACGCGUGAGUGACACUAAUAAGUAACGACUGUGUAGACGAAAGCCAGAAGUAUAAAUAUGAAUAUAUAAAUAAAUAUAUAUGUAUACAUUGGAGGGUUCUUGAAUUUCAUUUUGCUAGAUUAUGAGAGUUAAUGUAUCUAAAAGUUACC